CUGCAAACCAUGAAGGGAAUCGUGCUCCUGUUAGCGGUCGUCCUGGCCACCGCCUCGGCCGUUAAUCUGCCCGGAGUGCCGGUGGACUUUGAGGUGGAUGAUCAUGUGCUCUCCGCUAUUUCGGACGACAUAGCCGAACGCCUGGCCAACGAAUAUGUGACCUUCCUGAAGACGGGAGUGGAGACGCCGGAGUUCCAGAGGCUGACCAAGCAGUUGGCCAAGUCGCACAGCCAAAAGGAUAUCUUCACCAAGAACAUGAUUGAUUUGGAGCCCAGGGAUAGCUUCUUUGUGUGCACAGCCUGUCGCUCGGUGAUGCGGGUCUUCAUCCGGACUAUUCGUGAAGAGGAUGGGGAACUGCAUGGCGACGGAAGCACGGCGCUAAUGAAGCAGUUCGCCAUGGAUUUCUGUCGCCGGAUGAACCUUCAGACGGAGGAGGUUUGCGAGGGUUUGAUAGAUUUCAACACGCCCACCGUGGAGUAUAUUCUGCGUAACUCGGAGAGCGACUCCCAGAGCUUCUGCUCCCUCUUCAUGGAGUACAACUUCUGCAACACGGGAACCAAUCCCGACUACAACUGGACCUUGUCCAUUGACAGCACUGGCGUGCCAUUGACCGGUCCCAAGGCGGACACUCCUCGCUUCAGCGAAUCCGAUUUGCGAAUCUGCCACGUAAGCGAUAUCCAUCAUGAUCCUUUGUACCAGAAGGGAAGUCUUGCCUCCUGUGCGGAGCCCAUGUGCUGCCAACGGCAUAAGGACACUGCCGAGGGGACUAGCGAGGCGGCUGGCGCUUGGGGUGAUUACCGGGACUGCGAUUUGCCUUGGCACACUUUCGAGUCGGCUCUGGAAAGCGCGCUGAUCAAUACGAAAUGCGACAUUGUCUACCAGACCGGAGACAUUGUGGAUCACAUGGUGUGGGCCACAUCCGUGGAGAAGAACACCGGUGUGCUGACCAAGGUGAGCCAGCGUCUCAAAGAGGCGUUUGGUGAUGUUCCUGUCUAUCCUUGCAUUGGAAACCAUGAGCCCCAUCCCCUGAACCUCUUCAGUCCCGAGGGCGUUCCCAAUGAGAUCAGCACCAAGUGGCUGUACGAGCAUCUGUACAACGAUUGGUCCAAGUGGCUGCCGGCAGAGACCAAGGAGACGAUCCUUAAGGGUGGCUACUAUACGGUGUCGCCCCGCAAGGGCUUCCGUGUCAUUGCGCUGAACAGUAAUGAUUGCUACACGGACAACUUCUGGCUUUAUAACAGCGGCUCGGACAAGAUCCCACAGCUGCAGUGGUUCCAUGACACUCUACUGGCCGCCGAGAAGGCCGGCGAGUAUGUGCACAUCCUGACCCACAUCCCGUCCGGUGAUGGAACAUGCUGGUCCGUGUGGGCUCGUGAGUUCAAUCGUUGCAUCACUCGCUUUAGCAGCACCAUCAGCGGCAUCUUCACCGGUCAUUCGCACAAGGACGAGCUCUUCGUUUACUACUCGGAGGAGGAGGGUCAUGCCACCGCUGUGGCCUGGAAUGGUGGUGCCGUCACUACCUACUCCAACAAGAACCCCGAUUACAGGCAGUAUGCUGUGGAUCCCACUACCUACCAAGUGACCAACCAUUGGACAUGGAUAUUCAAUCUGACUGCGGCUAAUGAGAAGCCGGAUGAGCAGCCAGAGUGGUUCCUGGAGUAUGAGUUCAUCAAGGAGUUUACCGAGGAUACGAGCCCUGCUGGUAUUGACAAGCUGUUGGACCAGUUGGCCGAGAAUCCCACUUUGAUGAGGAAGUACUGGCGCUACCGUGUGACCUCUGCCGAUCCUCAAAUUAAUGGAGGAUGCGAUCGCAACUGCUUGGCAGGAUCUCUUUGUCGGGCUGCUGUCACCAUCAACAACCAGCGAGGACGCUGUGAGGAGCUUCGUGAGAAGCUGUUCCAUGCUCUGGAUAACGAAGAUCCUACCACAGAUCCCCCAGAUGGUGGCGAUGAUGAUAACGAUGAUGGAGGAUCUGCCACCCUGAGCCUGCUCAGCAUCAGCUCACUGCUGGCCUUGGUCCUGGCCAUUCGUCUUAGCUACUAAUUGUACACCCUAAGUUAUAUAAUGGGAAUGGAUUCCAUUCCGAGAAGGUAGCCACUCUCAAGUGGCUAAUAGAAGUAUGUGCUUAUCCCUAUCGAAGUUAA